AAGUGCUGAGAUUUGGGCCUGGUGCCCGGAUCAUCCGACCUUGCCCGAAACCACAGUGGGGAAAUCAAUUUCGAAAUGACAACAAAAGGCAUUUCCCGCCCUUCUGGCUCUCCAACCAAUCCGUUUCUCUCUCUAAAACUUGAAAAACACAUCAAACUCUUCUCUCUCCAAAUAUUGUCUGCAGUUCACACCUUCUUUACACUAGGGUUUCGAUCUCCGGCGCCCGUUCGCCUUCUCAAAUCCGCAUUCAUCUUUCAAUUUUCUAGGGUUUCGAUCUCCGAAACCCUCACACCACGUUCUUCAGACUCAUCCCCACUCUCGAGUCUCUCUCCAAUUCAACGCCAGCGCCACAAUCUUCACUCAUUUUCCGACAUCACGUCAACAUUCACUACUCUACCUCCGUCGGUGCUCUUAAAGUUCUCCGUCUAUCACUUCGAGUCGUGAAUCGAACUUAAACAUGUACAUCAAAGAGAUAACCUUGGAAGGGUUCAAGUCGUACGCGACAAGGACCGUGGUCCCCGGUUUCGACCCUUUCUUCAACGCGAUCACGGGGCUGAACGGGUCGGGAAAGUCAAACAUUCUCGACUCCAUAUGCUUCGUCUUGGGCAUCACGAACUUGCAGCAGGUUCGGGCCUCGAACCUUCAGGAGCUCGUGUACAAGCAAGGCCAGGCUGGGAUUACAAAGGCCACGGUGUCAGUUGUGUUUGAUAAUUCAGACAGGAGUCGAAGCCCUCUCGGGUACGAGGAUUCUCCGGAGAUCACAGUGACCCGUCAGAUCGUGGUCGGUGGAAGGAACAAAUACUUAGUAAAUGGCCACCUUGCACAGCCUAGUCGAGUGCAGAAUCUCUUUCAUUCUGUGCAGCUUAAUGUCAAUAAUCCACACUUUCUCAUUAUGCAAGGGCGCAUUACUAAGGUCCUAAACAUGAAACCACCUGAAAUCUUAUCCAUGCUUGAAGAAGCUGCUGGAACUAGAAUGUAUGAAACAAAGAAAGAGGCUGCUUUGAAAACACUUGAGAAAAAACAGAGUAAGGUAGAUGAGAUUGAUAAACUUCUUGAUCAGGAAAUACUUCCUGCUUUGGAGAAAUUGAGGAAGGAGAGGAUGCAAUACAUGCAAUGGUCUAAUGGAAAUGCGGAAUUGGAUCGGCUUAAAAGAUUUUGCAUUGCUUAUGAAUAUGUUGAAGAAGAGAGGAUUAGAGAUACUGCUCUUACUGAAGUAGAGAACAUAAAGGCUAAGAUUUCUGAGAGUGAUGAUAAGGCAAAAAAGAUGCAGAUGGAAAUACAGGAGAUGGAAACGAAAGUAUCUCAAUUGACUUCUGAAAGAGAAGCAAGUAUGGGUGAGGAGGUUAAAAUUUUGUCAAAGAAAGUAGAUGAUCUUUCUUGCAAUCUUGUGAGGGAAGAGUCUAUACUGAAAAACCAAAAGGAAACGCUCAACACGGAGAAAGAGAAUGCUGAAAAGAUUACGAGAAGUAUUGCAGAGUUAAAGAAGUCUAUAGAAGAGAAGGCAUCUGCUGUAAAAAGUGCUGAUGAUGGAGCAGCUGAUCUGAAAAAGAGAGUUGAAGAACUUUCCAAGAGUUUGGAAGAGUCCGAAAAGGAUUACCAGGGUGUGGUUGCUGGUAAGAGCAGCGGAAAUGAGGACAAAUGUCUUGAAGAUCAACUAGGUGAUGCCAAAGUAGCCGUUGGAAAUGCAGAAACAGAACUAAAGCAAUUGAAAACAAAAAUUAACCAUUCUGAGAAGGAGCUGAAAGAGAAAUCACAACAGUUGUUAUCGAAGCGUGAAGAAGCUGUUGCCGCAGAAAAUGAGCUUCAUACUAGAAGUAAAGAUGUGGAAAGUGUUCAAAAGGCUUUGGAAUCUCUUCCAUAUGAAGAUGGAAAGAUGGAGGCUUUACAGAAGGAUCGUGCAUCUGAGUUAGAGGUAGUGCAGAAGUUGAAAGACGAAAUUCGGAUUCUGUCAGCGCAGUUGGCUAAUGUGGAUUUCACUUAUCGUGACCCUGUGAAGAAUUUUGAUAAGUCAAAAGUGAAAGGUGUGGUAGCUAAACUCAUUAAAGUGAAGGAUAGCUCCACAUUGACUGCCUUAGAGGUUGCUGCAGGAGGAAAGAUGUUUAAUGUUGUAGUGGACACGGAAAAUACUGGAAAGCAACUUCUUCAAAAUGGCGAACUUCGAAGAAGAGUUACAAUUAUCCCUCUGAACAAAAUUCAAUCCCAUCCUGUCCCUCUCAGAGUGCAAAAUACUGCUGUUAGAUUGGUUGGCAAAGGGAAUGCAGAAGUGGCUCUGUCUCUUGUAGGAUAUGCUGAGGAACUGAAGAGUGCCAUGGAAUAUGUAUUUGGUUCAACAUUUGUUUGCAAAACAACUGAUGCGGCAAGGGAAGUUGCUUUUAAUAAGGAAAUUGGCACCCCAAGUGUCACUCUUGAGGGGGACAUAUUUCAGCCAAGUGGACUUCUGACUGGUGGAAGUCGCAAGGGUGGUGGUGAUCUUCUAAGGCAACUUCAUGCUUUGGCAGAGGCUGAAUCAGAACUUUCUGUUCAUCAGAAGACCUUAUCUAAAAUUGAAGCCAAGAUCUCGGAGCUCCUUCCUCUUGAGAAAAAGUUUAAGGACCUCAAGGCACAGUUGGAACUUAAGUCGUAUGAUCUUUCAUUAUUCCAGAGUAGGGCUGAGCAGAAUGAACAUCAUAAGCUUGGUGAGCAUGUAAAGAGAAUCGAGCAGGAGCUUUCAGAAGCAAAAUCUGCUGCUAGUGAGAAGCAACUUUUUUAUGAAAACUGUGUAGCCACAGUAUUGAUGCUUGAAAAAUCAAUACAUGAACACACUAACAAUCGCGAUGGUAGACUGAAAGAUUUAGAGAAAAAGAUCAAGGCUUAUAAAGCUCAGGUGCAAUCAGCAUCUAAGGACCUCAAGGGGCACGAAAAUGAAAAGGAGAGGCUUAUGAUGGAAAUGGAAGCAGUCAAACAAGAGUGUGCAUCCUGGGAGAGUCAAUUAGAUUCUCUGAAGCAGCAGAUUGACAGUCUUACUUUAGAAGUAGGUAACCAUGAAAUCAACUAUGUAGAAAAAAAAAAUGCUCAUGAUCAUGCAAAAUCUGAGCUCGAUAAUUUCCGCUCAAAGAUGAAGGAGUGCGAUACACAGAUUAGUUCCAUUCUCAAGGAGCAGCAGGAACUUCAACGCAAAAUUAGUGAGACAAAUCUUGAAAGAAAGAGGAUGGAAAAUGAGGUUAGACGAAUGGAGACGGACCAGAAGGAUUGCUCCUUGAAGGUCCAAAAACUGAUUGAGAAGCAUGCUUGGAUAACAUCUGAGAAGCAGCUCUUUGGAAGAAGUGGGACCGAUUAUGAUUUUGCAUCCCGUGAUCCUCGUAAAGCAAAGGAAGACUUUGAAAAGCUACAAGCUGAUCAAUCGGGCCUUGAAAAAAGAGUUAACAAGAAGGUUAUCGCAAUGUUUGAGAAAGCAGAAGAUGAGUACAAUGAUUUGAUUUCGAAGAAGAACAUUAUUGAGAAUGACAAGUCAAAAAUCAAGAUGGUGAUUGAAGAGCUUGAUGAAAAGAAGAAAGAAACACUAAAAGUCACUUGGGUUAAGGUUAACAAUGACUUUGGGUCAAUAUUUUCUACCCUCUUACCUGGCACAAUGGCAAAGCUAGAACCUCCUGAGGGUGGUAGCUUCUUAGAUGGUCUUGAGGUUCGUGUUGCAUUUGGAAGUGUGUGGAAACAGUCCUUGUCAGAACUUAGCGGUGGACAAAGAUCUUUACUUGCACUCUCUCUAAUUCUAGCACUAUUGUUGUUCAAACCUGCUCCACUUUAUAUACUGGAUGAGGUUGAUGCAGCUCUUGAUUUAAGCCACACUCAGAAUAUUGGAAGGAUGAUCAAAGCUCAUUUUCCACAUUCCCAGUUCAUUGUUGUUUCUCUGAAGGAAGGUAUGUUCAACAAUGCCAACGUACUUUUCCGGACGAAGUUUGUGGAUGGUGUUUCUACUGUGCAAAGAACAGUGGCGUCUAAGACCAACAAGUGAUUUGUCAUUUUUCCUGUAUUAUUUGUAAAGCAUGCAAGGGAUGUAUGAUGGAAAUUUAGAUUGUGCCAAAUAGUACAUUUUAACUAUGGCCGUCUUUGAUCCUCUAAUUAUGGCUCUCUGGUUGUGUAUAAAUUUCUCACUUUCGUGAAUUUGCAUUUUAAGGGAAAAUUACAAUGUCCCCCUACAGUAUUAGGAUUUUCCUUUUGGGCCAUUGG